CGCGCGGGGGCGGUCCCUCGAGCGGAAGUGUCCGAGCGGAAGCGGAAGUGCGCGGGGCUAGAGCGGGCGGAGGGCAGGCUGCGCGUCUCCGGCGGUGCUGCGUAUCUCUAGGAGUUCAGUUAUGGGUGUGAGAGGUUUGCAGGGAUUUGUGGGAAGUACCUGCCCACAUAUAUGUACGGUAGUAAAUUUCAAAGAACUAGCAGAGAACCACCGAAGCAAGCAUCCUGGAUGUACUCCUACCAUUGUGGUCGAUGCCAUGUGUUGUCUCAGAUACUGGUAUACCCCCGAAUCUUGGAUCUGUGGCGGCCAGUGGCGAGAAUACUUUUCUGCUUUGCGAGAAUUUGUUACAACUUUUACAACGGUUGGCAUCAAGUUGAUAUUCUUCUUUGAUGGCAUGGUGGAGCAGCAUAAAAGAGAUGAAUGGGUGAAACGAAGACUCAAGAACAAUAGGGAGAUAUCCAGGAUUUUCCAUUACAUCAAAUCACACAAGGAGCAGCCCGGCAGAAACAUGUUCUUCAUCCCCUCAGGGCUGGCCAUAUUUACGCGAUUUGCUUUGAAGACCCUAGGUCAAGAAACUCUGUGUUCGUUACGGGAGGCCGACUAUGAGGUGGCUUCCUAUGGUCUCCAGAAUAACUGUCUUGGGAUUCUUGGAGAAGACACGGACUACUUAAUUUAUGAUACCUCUCCCUACUUUUCAAUUAGUGAACUCUGCCUGGAGAGUCUCAAUACUAUCAUGCUCUGUAGAGAGAAGCUCUGUGAGAGUCUAAAUCUCAAGCUGGCAGACCUUCCUCUUCUGGCCUGCCUACUUGGCAAUGACAUAAUCCCAGAAGGCAUGUUUGAAAGCUUUCGGUACAAGUGCUUGUCUUCCUAUACCUCUGCAAAAGAGAACUUUGACAAAAAAGGCAACAUUAUCUUAGCUGUAGCAGACCACAUAUCUAAAGUUCUUCACUUGCAUCAAGGUGAGAAAAAGCUAGAAGAGAUGUUACCUUUGGGACCAAACAAAGCUCUUUUUUAUAAAGGUGUGGCAUCAUAUCUUUUGCCAGGACAGAAAUCUCCAUGGUUUUUCCAAAAACCCAAAGAUGUAAUAACUUUGGACAAGCAGGUAGUAUCCAUGUGUACAGACCCAGAAUCCAAGCAAGAAGUUCUCAUGUGUACAGACCCUGAAUACAAGCAAGAAGUUUCCAUGUGUACACACCCUGAAUCCAAGCAAGGAGUUCCCAUGUGUACAGAUCCUGAAUCCAAGCAAGAAGUUCCUAUGUGUACUGACCCUGAAUCCAAGCAAGAAGUUCCCAUGUGUACAGACCCUGAAUCCAAGAAAGGAACUCCCAUAUAUACACACCCUGAAUCCAAGCAUGAAGUUCCCAUGUGUGCUGACCCUGAAUUGAAGCAAGAAGUUCCCAUGUGUACACACCCUGAAAUCAAGCAAAAAUUACCUAUAGGUACAGACCCUGAAUUUAAGCUAGAAUCACCUAUGUGUACAAACCCUGGAAUUAAACAAGAAGACCCCAUGAAUCUGGAGCCUGAAAUCAAGCAACAAGUAACCAUGGUUUCAGACCCUGAAAUCUUAAAGGUUGCUCAAGCACAGCACGUCCAGGGAGAGAGCUACCUGGUGUACAACAUCAUGAGCAGUGGGGAGAUUGAGUGCAGCAACACUCUGGAGGAUGCUCUGGACCAGGCUCUGCCCAGCCAGGCCUUCGCUUACCGCCCUGUGCGGCAGCGCGUCUACGCGCUCUUACUCGGGGACGGCAGGGAUGAUUCUAGCUCCUGCCCCACUGUCAAGGAGUGGUUUGUGUACUCUGGGAACCCGCUGAAGCACCCAGACCUCGUCAGGCCUCUGCCGAUGAAUCUUGCAGGGGGAACGCCUAGUUUGAAACUCUUGUGGCUGAACCAAGAGCCAGAAAUACAAGCCCGGCGCUUGGACACACUCCUGGCCUGUUUCGACCUUUCCUCCUCAAGAGAAGAGCUGCAGGCGGUGGAGAACCCUUUCAAAGCGCUGUGCUGCCUCUUGAUCUACCUCUUUGUGCAGGUGGACACUCUGUGCCUGGAGGAUCUGCAUGCUUUCAUUGCUCAGGCCUUGUGUCUCCAAGGGAAAUCAACUCUGCAGCUUGCAGACUUACAGCUUGAUUACGUCGACCCCAGAGCUGUGCAGCUUGGCUCACUCCUGGUCCGUGGCCUCACCACUCUGGUGCUGGUCAACAGCGCAUGCGGCUUCCCCUGGAGGAUGAGUGAUUUCAUGCCCUGGAACGUAUUUGACGGGAAGCUUUUUCAUCAGAAGUACCUGUUAUCUGAAAAAGGAUAUGCUGUGGAGGUUCUCCUAGAACAAAAUAGGUCUCAGCUCACCAGAUUCCACAACCUGAAGUCUGUGGUAUGCAAGGCCUGCAUGAAGGAGAACAGACGCAUUGUCAGCAGGCAGCACGGGCGUUCACAUCACUCAGGGAGGUGGGGAAGAGAGGGAUCAGGCUCCCACAGGACAAGCUCCGGGCACAGCCGGUCUGGCCAAGGACAGCACUGGAGAGACCAGGGACCAGGAAGUAGACCACGUGAGCCUGACCAGUGGAGAAGAUGCUCAUCGUCUUCUGGGUGGUCCAACUGAUGCCUGCUGCUCGAGUAGGAAAGAAGCCUUCACAGCCAGAGGAAGAAUUGUCUUCAGUAAAACCUGGACACUAAACAUAAAGUCAAUACAUCCUGCUUAUCUGCACUCGAGACAGAGUAAAACACGCUGUAUUUCACACUUCACGGCCCUCAGUACAGAUGUGUUGAAUGAUGCCAGCUGGACUUUGGUGGGUGUUUUAAACUGCUUUCCGCUGUGUACAUGCAGCAGUUCUAGAAAUGUCGACACUUCUAGAAACCAAGGAGAUGAAGCAGAACUGAAGACACUCAUGAAAAAGCAGCCUGCUGUUGCCUAGAAGCAUCACAUGGCUUCACCCUAAAUACAAGGAUCAUCUUUAAUUUGAAUGUUUGUACAUAUAUGGCUGUUCUUGGGGAAUAUAUUUUAGGAAAAGAAUAAAGAAACAAAGAACUCAGUAACUUGUACAGAAAUCCUCCUGUGGUCGGCAGGGGCUUCUCUGUCGCCUAUUCUGUGAGGUAGCCACGUGGACUCUUGAACAUCUCUCUCCAGAGAGAGGCCAAGAGGUGGGUGCAUCAUCAUGGCUCCUCCUGAUUUGUUGGACGAACUUGGAGAGAAACCUGCAUGCCCGCGCAGCCCAACCGACAGGGAGUGUCUUCUAACAGCUGUCCUUGCAGUCUUCAAACUUGAGUUAAAAAUACGGUUUCACAGCAAGGUAUAUUCUCAGUGGUUGGCCCAGGCCUCUGACGUCAAGGAUCCUUGUAAGAGUUUGCACAUGACUGGUGUUUCUCAUAUUACAGCUCUUAGGUUUCAGUUCCUUGUUUAAAUUCGUUAAAAAUGCCGCUUUGUCAGGAGUUCAGGAGUUUUCCAUUGGUAAGUGGAAAUGACGGGUUUGUGGUUACUAUUUUGCUCCUAGGAAGUUAGCCAGGCCUUCCUUAUUUAAAGGAAACACAUGCAAGAACCAGGCAGCAGUAGUGACGAAGUGCGGCCUGGCAGCUCCUCUAGGAGAGGGACGCAAGGCCCUCCACACGCUGGGCAGAGCCAUCGCACCAGGCCGCGCUGCAGCUGUCAGACGGCUGAGUGGGUUUGCCGGCACUCCCUUUGUGUUGUGAUGGUGAUCUGUGGUACUCAUUUGUGGCUUAUUACCAAAUAUAAACUAUAGUCUGCUCUUACUAACGAGAACAUGUGACUGACUUCUUGCUUCUGUUUUCCAUCUGAACCUACCGUAAAAGUUCUGGAGCUAGAAAAACCUUGGGAAUCUGACCCAGGCUUCUCAGGUGACAGGCAAAGUCCUCAAGCUUACCUGUGGGCCCUUGUGGCACAGGUCCUUGUCCUGGCUCUGCGCCUGCCACCUGCUCUGUGGCCCCAGUGUCAUCAUCUUCAAGUCGAUGGGGAUUUGCUUCAGUCAGGGUUUCUCAGAUGUAAGUCAUGUGUACACCCUUGAAAGGAAAAAAAUUGUUGGUUCCCAUGGCGAUUUGUUAUUGUUAUUUGUGUUAUUUAACUAUGUGCAAACAUGCAUUAGAUUCCUUAUGCUUAGAGCUUUCUGAAUACAACUUUCAAUCAAAGACAUCAUACAAAUGUAAUGAAAACAAAAUUAUAAAACAUAUAGCAUAUUAUCACAAUCCCCAACAACUCUUAGGGGGCUGGCCAGCAGCCUACAAGGCCGGCUGCCAUUGGCCAUGCUCAGGAAGGUUUCAUACGAGACAGUAGCCAGUUGGAACCUUCUUCUAGGGAGCUGCAGUGCCAGUGCCCACAGAAGGGACAGAGGGCAUGGCCACGGCACCACGGGUGCAGAGCAGAGGUGUUGAGGGCAGCCAGGUGUGAGGGUGGUAUCAAGACAGGGAGGCUGGGGUGCACUCUGCCGGGGUGCUGGCCCUGGGCCCGUCUCUGGGAGGCAGUGGUGCGAUCGGAUCUGUCCUGUCCCUCUUGCCCCUCAGUACUCUGUGGGACUCCUGGGCCGUGCGCCCCUUCAUUGAGCUAACAGAGCAUCUGGUGUGGCCCUGGCCAGUGGUGACGCCUGGUGCUCCCCCACUGUGCUGCUAACCCACGCGUCCAGCAUCUUCUGAGGACAGUAGAUGCCAGGAGGGGCUUCUGCCUUAUCUGUGCUGUCUGAAGUCUUGUAAAAAGAGUGACUUUGUGUGUUGUGUAGUUGAAAAUAAAGAAAAGAAAGCAAUGAUCCCCAGUGGCAGUUCUUAUAUCUCGAUGAAGUGCAAAUUUUUAAAGUACUGAUUACUUGGAUUUAAUAAAUCAGGUUUUAUUCUUCAGGUGUCAGCUCCCAAAGGAUUGGAUGUGUUCGUUUUUUUCCCAUCUUUUGAACUUUUUGUUUAGCGUUUCAGACUCUUUCAGCCUCCUGCCACAACUUAAGAAGAAAAAUAACUGAGUCGGCACCAGCAUUUCCUGACUGUUACAAAAAAGAAAAAGAAUUAUACACAAGGAGAAAAGAGCGUAUGCUGUGUGUGUGGUGGGUCCAUCUUUCCUUAUGCGGUGUGGAGAUGUCAGCUGAUGACACGCAGUGUGUGGUUUGUGCUCCUUUAUUUCCACAUCACAGAAGGAGCCGGAUCUUCAGUGCUGUUCUCACUGUGUGCCUGAGCCAAGAUUCCUCACCUGUGUGAACUGUUGGCUUUGGGAAGAAGCUCAUGGCCACACUGACCGUGAUGUUGUCAGACCACUGAACUGCUGUCCCUCAGCAGAAAGAGGGACCCUCAACGCUGUGCCCUUGGGAAGCGCAACUCUGGGAGCGGGGGCACCCUGGCCUGCCCACCAGGUGCUGCAUUCACCCUCUUGGACGUGCAGCACCCCUUGGGGCCCUGGUGUUUAUUGUCUCCUCUUGUUUGAUUCCAAGUUGAACGCCACAGGGCAUGACCCAUCCCUGUCGCUUUAGCAAGAACUGACGUGUGCCUUUUCUUUCUGGCUACUUCUCCCACAUGUUCUGGGGGCUCUUGGUAAAGCGUUAAGAAGAGCCCAAGGACAGAGGCUCGCUUUACAAAACCGACCAUGAGAUUUAGUCAAACAGUGAUGAGACCAGCCAAGAACUGGCAGACGUUUCAGUUCCUUUUCUUGCCUCGUGUGGAGCCAAGUGCACAGGAAGGCCCUAAGUUGCUAGAGAAGUUUUUCAUACAGAUCCCUUUCACAGUCUCUGGUGAUGGCUGAGGCCUGACGCUGGACCCUCACUGCUCCCGUGGCUGAUUCCAUUCACCUGCUGCUGCAGGUGGCCCAGGCAGCCUCACAGCCAGGCGCACGUCCCACUGUAGGGCUGAGCAUUGCAGCCCUCACCUCCUGCGGAAACAGCCCUUGGUUUGCAAGCUGUUUAUGGUUCUGAAGGAGAAACUGAAUGGUGAAAACCAGCCGCUGUACAACAAUGACUUCUCUCAUGUUUCCAGCUCUACUAGAUGUCAGAUAAAAACGGGAAGUUAACUUUACCUUCUCUCUUUGGCAAGCCUUCUGAAUGAAAAAGAGGAGAAGCAGCAGGCUUUCAAACACAGAUUGGUCUUCACUUUUCUGUGGUUUCCUCAGAAAGCCUCUUCCACCUGGAGAAACUGAGUCAGAGAAACCCCAUGAUCAGAGACGUGGGUGAUCCCUUGCGGGUGCCGAUGGCCAAACUCAAGUGAUGCUGGUGUCUUCCCAGCCAUCCUUCAGGCUUCUGGCUCUGGGUCUUACUUUGCCAGGAGAUCAAACUAGGGGAUGAGGAUGAUCUGGCCACGGUGACCUUAAAGGGCAUGAGAGAGCUAACUGCCCAUCCAUCAGAGUUCUGCCUUUGGGCCCAAACGUCCUUAAUCUUCCAGUGGAGCGUCCCCAGUAGGAGCGACUGAAUUUUAAUAGUUUUCAAUAAAGCUGCGUAGAGUAAUCCGGGAAAGGCAUCUCUUCCAGGAAGAUUGGAUGACUGUGGAUUUUCUUGCUGGCUGUUUCACAGUCUUUUCUCCCAUUUUGUAUGAGACGAGUGUAGUACCAAGAGUAAAACACUGUCCAAGGUC